AUGGCGCCGCAAGAAUGGGCUGCGGGCCUGCGGACAGCGGCAAAAAUUAUGGGGCCAGCGUUUUUGGUGUCGGUCGCAUACAUGGAUCCCGGCAACUGGGCCGUCAGCAUCGAGGCCGGCAGCCGCUUCGGGUACCAGCUGGUGUGGGUGGUGGUGCUGUCGAACCUCAUCGCCAUCCAGCUGCAGACGCUGGCCGCGCGGCUCGGCCUCGUGACGGGCAAGAACCUCGCGCAGGUGUGCCGUGAGUCUUACCCCCCGUCCGUGUGCAUCCUGCUGUGGCUGCUCAGCGAGAUCUCCAUCGUGGCCCUCGACGCCACCAUGGUCGUGGGCACUGCCGUGGGCCUGAACCUGCUGUUCAAGCUGCCCCUGCUGCCCGCCAUCCUGGCCACUUCCCUGGACGGCCUGCUGCUGCUGCUGCUCGUCCCGCGCCACGCCGUGCGCAGCAGCGAGCUGCUGACAGUGGGGCUGCUGGCGGUGGUGGUGCUGUGCUUCAUCAUCGACCUUGUGGUGUCGCAGCCGCGGCUGGACCUCGUGGUGGGCGGCCUGGUGCCGCGGCUGCAGCGCGACAGCGUGGCCACGGCCGUGUCCAUCGUGGGCGCCAACAUCAUGCCACACAGCUUCUUCUUGCACAGCGCGCUGGUGGCGGGCCAGGCGCGCGGCCAGCCGGCUGCCGCGCUGCGCGACCUGCUGUGGUUCAAUGCGCUGGACGUGGCCUGCGCCCUGGGGGUGGCGCUGGUGGUCAACGUGGCCAUACUGCUGGUGUCGGCGGCCACCUUCCACCAGGCCGGCAUUGUAGUGGAGACCCUCCAGGCUGCGCACGACAUGAUGGAGCAGACGCUCAGCAGCAGCGUGGCGCCCGCCGCAUUCGGCACGGCGCUGCUCUGCGCGGGGCAGCUGUCCACGUUCACGGGCACGAUCGCUGGACAGGUGGUGCUGCGCGGCUUCAUGAACGUGCGCCUGAGCACCCUCACGCGCCGCCUGGUGACGCGCAUGGCGGCCAUCCUGCCGGCCGCCCUGCUGCAGGCGCUCUGGGGCGACAGGGGCACCUACAAGUUCCUGCUGGUGGCUCAGGUGGUGCUGGCGCUGCAGCUGCCCUUCACCCUCGUGCCCCUCAUCAAGGCCACCUCCAGCGGGCGCCUCAUGGGGCCCCACCGCAACGGCUGGGCCACCGCGCUGGGCGCGUGGGGCGCAGGGCUGACGGUGUUCCUGGCCAAUGUGCUGCUGUUUGCGGCGCAGCUCGCGCCAGGGGCCGCGUUCCUGCCACAGGUCAAGGCCGAUGACCCGGACUCGUCCCUGCACCAGUACCUGGACAACAUAGCGGCCCUGGCCUGGAACAACCCCGGCCGCUUCCUCCUGAUGCUGUCGAUGCUGGUGGCGGCCGCCGCGCUGCUCUCUCUGCAGCUGUGGAUGGUGGUGACGCCCCUUCGCGCCGGCGGCCCCACCGCGCGGCCCCUGUUGCUGCUCAAGUCCAGCAGCGGGGCGGCUGCGACAGCGGCUGCGUGGCGCGGGACGAGGGGGCUCCCCGGCGCGGACGUGGGCGCUUCGCCGCCCUGGCGCCCGCCGACGCCGCCCGCGCCCGCGCCGUCGGCCGGCCCCUCCAUAUUCCGCGGCUGGCUGCCGCGCGCCCUGUUCGGGCCGUGGUACCCCGUGCCGCGCGGCGACGCCCGCAGCCCCACGGCCGCCGGCGGCCGUAGCCGGCUGCUCGCGGCGCCGCCGCACACUUCCGGCGGGCCUCCCGCUGCCGUGGCGGGUGUCAGGGUGACGUCAUCGGGGGAUGGCGUGCCCGACAGCUGGGAUGACGUGCCCCUGGAGGGCUUUGUGGUGCCGCCGUCGCCGACAGGGUCGUUUGCCAGCUACCUGGGGCAGCAGCCAGUCGGCCGCGAGGCGCUGGAUCCGGCCCUCGACGCCCCUUUGCUCCCAGCCAGCGGCUCCGGCAGCGCCCUGGCUGCUCUUGGCGCCGCAUCAGCGGCCGCUGCUGCUGCGGCGGCGGCCGCCGCGCAGGGGCGGCUCAGCAAGGGCCAGCGGCGGAAGUUUGCGGCUGUGCUGGAGGCCUUCUGGGCCGAGUUUUACGACUCUCACGGCCAGGCCAGGUAUAGGGGUCCGAGUCAGGAGGACCAGCAGCAGCCGCCGCCACCGCUGCUGCCGCAGCAGCAGCAGUCGGAGGAGCAGCAGCAGCGGCAGCAUUACCAGCAGCAGUACCAGCAGCAGCAUCGGCACCAGCAGCAGCACCAGCAGCAGCACCAGCAGCAGCAGCAGCAGCAACACCAGCAGCAGCAACACCAGCAGCAGCCGCAAGCGGCGCUUUCGCCGCUGUCGUGUGCUCACGGCCGCGGCUGGGCGGCGUCCUGCCCAGCCUGCGGCGACGCCCUGCUGCUGCGCGUGCGCGGCUGCAUGAAGCGGCUCUCCGCAAUAGAGGGCGCGGCGGCAGUCCUGCGUUCUGAGGAGGGCGGCAUUCCGAGCGCGGCGGCGCCGGGCGCGCUCGGCAGCCUGCCACUGCCAGAGCGCGCGCGGCCGGCGUACUGGCCGGACGCGAUUUUGGAGUGCGGCGCGGCCACGCGGCACCUGCAGGCGGUGGCCGCGUUCGCGUCGGGCAACCUGCCGUGGGCCCAGGCGGCCGCGGCGGCGCCAGCGCCGGGGCUGGGAUGGACCCCAGGCGGCGGCGGCGGGGCGCCGGAGGCGAGGCGGUGGCAGUGCCCGGGGCUGUUUGCGGCGCCGGGCGGCCAGGGGGCUGUGCCACCGCCCGGGGGUCAGCUGUUUGGCCAGCGGGAGCUGGGGCCAGCGCUGUUUGUGUCGUGGGGCGUCUGGUGCAUGCUGGUGCUGCUGGUCUGGUGCCAGGUCGAGGUGCGGCCGGAGCUGCUAGGUGCCUACGCCCCCACACUCAACCGCCUGCAGGGGCUGCUGGCUGACGCCGGGCUCGACCCGCCCGCAUCAGCACCACCAACCCCACCUCAGCAGCAGCAGCAGCAGCAGCAGCAGCAGGAGCAGGAGCAGGAGCAGCAGCGGCAGCCGUGGUGGCCGUGGCCGGGCGCAGAGCGCCACGCGCUGCGCGCGCUGCUGCUGCGGCAGCUGGAGGCGCUGGAGGCGGUCGCAGGGGCGGCGGGCGACAUUGGCAGGGCGGAGGCGGCGGCGGCGGCGGCAGGUCGGCGCGUGGAGCGGGCCGACAUGGUGGUGUCGGCGGUGGGAGCCUGA